CAUUACUGCCCCUUUCUUCUGUUUUCUAGGCAGAGCUGCUAAGAUGUUGGAAAGGAAUUUUUCCUCAAUUCUAAGACCAAGUAAAGGAAUGGAUCUGAAGAUCAAGAGAGGUUUUUGCAGUAAAUCACAGGAGGGGAGCAAACAAAAGCCUGAAGUAGGGGGCCAUUCCACCUUCAAAGUGCCAGGACACAAGCCCACAGACUGGGAAAAGAAGGUUCUGAUGUGGUCAGGCCGUUUCAAAAAAGUUGAUGAUAUACCAGAGACUGUCUCGUUUGAGUUGAUCGAUGCUGCUCGAAAUAAAUUGCGUGUGAAGAUCAGCUACCUGAUGAUUGCCCUGACAGUACUGGGAUGCAUCGUGAUGGUCAUUGAAGGAAAGCGGACACUUCAGCAGCUAGCAGAGUGUUGAUGGAGAAACUGAAACUUGAGCAAGCUCAACUGCAGAGAUGGACAAGGGAUGCACCACAAAGGGAUUCAUGGGAAGUGAGGGUAAGUUAAUGACCAAAGCAAACCAGUCUGUGUUCAAGGUCUGUCCGAAGAUGAUUGUAUCAAAAGCUAUACCCUGACUUAUCUUAUACAAGCUGGUCUGACAAGAUGUGUUGAACAAAAAUACUAGAAAAUUCCAGCUCCAGUUGCAAGAACUCAAAAGGUGGUGUCUUGGUCCCUGGCUGGAUGGUGAGAGGAUUCUCAAUUUUGGUUGGAUAUUUUGAAUCUUUGGAAGAAGUAUUGGUCAUUGUCUGACUGGUCCAUGUCAGGACCUCCAGGAAGAUGAACUAAGUUGGAUCACUCAGCAGAAAUAGGAUAGAACUGCUUGUUUCCUUCAGCACAUCACUUCCCAAAACCCAAAGUCACCAGGAAAGGAGAAAACUGAGGUCCUCAGUUGGCCAGCUGGAAGUCCUUCUGGUGACAUUGGGUAUCUAUCUCAGAUAGACACUUCUAAGUGUGUCUCUUUUCCAGCAAUUUGGGUUGCCCACUAUGGCACCAGAAAGAACUGUAGUUAUG